AUGGACGCCGCCGAGCAGCUGCCAGCGCCGGCCGCGCCGCCGACGCGCGCGCUGGUGCACGCGCAGCCGCCGGUCCACCCCUGGUCGACGGGCCUGUUCGAUUGCGCCGAGGACCCCGGGAACUGCUGGAUGACGUGCUUCUGCCCGUGCGUCACCUUCGGGCUGGUGGCGGAGAUCGUGGACCGCGGCUCCCUCUCCAGCGGCGCGAGCGCGGCGCUGUACAUGCUGAUCGGGAUGGUCACCUCCUGGUGGUUCCCGCCCGUCUACACCUGCUUCUACCGCACCAAGAUGCGCGCGCAGUACGGCCUCCAGGAGGCCCCCUACCCGGACCUCUGCGUCCACUGCUUCUGCGAGUUCUGCGCCCUCUGCCAGGAGUACCGCGAGCUCCACAACCGCGGCUUCGUCAUGGACAUCGGAUGGCACGCCAACAUGGAGCUGCAGCAGCGCGGCGGCGUGGCGGCGACCGUGCCGCCCGCCAUGCACGUAGAUGGGAUGACGCGCUGA